AUGUCCACCGCAGAAGAGAGGACAGCCUCUACAUCUUCUGCCAACUCAGCCACAGCAGGAAGCAAAGAUGGUUCCACAUCAAGUUCAGUCUCUGAAACACCUAAGAAAACAAAGAAGUCCAAGAAAAACACAGAGAGCAUGAUCAAAGUUUACAACUCUGUGCUCGACAGUGUUUUUGGGGCGGAGAGAGAACUAGCUCAGGCUGAGUUGGACGAGUUGCAAGAGGCCUUCAAAGAGUUUGACUACGAUCAAGAUGGAUAUCUGAACUACAAGGAUGUUGCUGAAUGCAUGAGGACUAUGGGAUACAUGCCCACUGAAAUGGAGCUGCUGGAGAUUGUUCAACAGAUCAAGAUGAGAAUGGGCGGGUUGAUGGAUUUUGAAGAUUUUAUUGAGCUUAUGGGACCCAGGAUGAUGGGGGAGACUGCUCACAUGCUGGGACUCAAAGAGCUCCAGUCCGCCUUUGUGCAGUUUGACAUCGAUGGAGAUGGAAAGAUCAACCAGGAUGAAAUGAAGGAGGCAAUUAAGACGUUGCUGGGGGAGAAGCUGAAGAAAGGAGAACUGGAGGAGAUCUUAAAGGAGCUAGACAUUAACGCAGAUGGAAGCAUUGACUUUGAAGAGUUUGUGAUGAUGCUCUCCAUUCGCUAG